AUGACUGAGCCAACGCACGAUCUCGAUGAAGCCAUCCAUCUCGAUCGCGAAGCGCUCGCUCUCCAUCCCCCUGGCCAUGCUGAUCGCUCUGACUCCCUCAACAAACUCGCCAUUCAUCUGUGGUCUCGUUUCGAAGGGACAAGACAGAUGCAGGACCUAGAGGAAGCAAUAGAAAUAGAUCGCGAAGCACUGUCUCUCCGACCCUUUGGUCAUUCUGGUCGCUCCAACUCUCUUUUUAACCUAGCAAUCGACUUGCGGUCUCGUUUCAAGCAGACAGGGCAGCUGCAGGACCUGGAGGCAGCGAUAGAGUUGGAUCGUGAAUCACUGUCUCUCCGACCCCCUGGACAUUCUGUUCGCUUCAACUCUCUCAGCAACGUCGCCAUUGACUUGCGGUUUCGUUUCGAGCAGACAGGGCAUCUGCAGGACCUGGACGAAGCGAUAGAACUGGAUCGCGAAGCGCUGUCUCUCCGACCCCCUGGCGAUCCAAAUCGCUUCUUCUCUUUGAACAACCUCGCACAGGGCUUGUGGUCUCGCUUCGAGCAGACGGGACAGUUGCAGGACCUGGCGGCAUCGGUCGAAUUAUAUCGCGAAGCGCUGUCUCUCCAGCCUCCUGGCCAUGCAAAUCGCUCAGACGCCCUCAACAACCUCGCACGGGGCUUGCGGUCUCGUUUCGAGCAGACAGGGCAGCUGCAAUACCUGGAGGAAGCGAUCAGACUGAAUCGCGAAGCGCUGUCUCUCCGACCCCCUGGCCAUCCUGUUCGCCUCCACUCUCUCAGUAACGUCGCCAUCAACUUGCGGUCUCGUUUUGAGCAGACGGGGCGGCUGCAGGACCUGGAGGAAGCGAUAGAACUGCAUCGCGAAGCGCUGUCUCUCCAACCCCCUGGUCGUUCAGAUCGCUCCUUGUAUUUGAACAACCUCGCAAAUUGCUUGCUUUCUCGUUUCGAGCAGACGGGGCUUCAGGACCUAGAGGAAGCGAUAGAAUUGAAUCGCGAAGCGCUGUCUCUCCGACCCCCUGGUCAACCCAAUCGCUUCUUGUAUUUGAACAACCUUGCAUAUGGCUUGCAUUUUCAUUUCAAGCAGACGGGGCAGCUGCAGAACCUGGAGGAAGCGAUAGAAUUAAAUUACGAAGCUCUGUCUCUCCGACCCUUGGAUCAUCCACGUCGCCCCGCCUCCCUCAUUAACCUGGGAGAAACCUUGUAUUCACGUUUCAAACGGACAGAACAGCGGCAUAAUCUGGAGGAAGCGAUAGAAUUGUAUCGCGAAGCGCUGUCUCUCCUACCCUUUGGUCAUCCACAUUGCCCUGAUUCACUCAGCAACCUGGGAGAAAGCUUGCAUUCUCGAUUCAUGCAGACAGGGCAGCUGCAAGACAUCGACAAGGCCAUAGAAUAUUACCGGGAAGCACUUGCAAUAUGCCGUGCCGGAUCCCCCCUAUAUAUACCUUGCCUCGCUGGUCUUUCUCGCGCUUUAUUGGCUCGCUUUCGAGCAAUACCCAGAGAAGAUGAUCUUAACGAGGCCUUCUAUAUGUUUAGCACUGCGACUGAAAGCCGAUUUACUGAUGUAGGGCAGCAGCUCUUGGGUGCGCAAUCAUGGGUACAGUCGGCUCGCGAGUUCCAGCACAGUUCCCUUCUUUCGGCAUACGUACAAUGCUUGGCCCUCCUCCAGCGCGGCCUCGCCAUCAGUCCCAGCUUGGAGUUGCAAUGGAAAUCCCUCACUAGGAACUCUUCUUCGCUUGCAGUCGAUGCUGCGUCGUCUGCUAUUGACAAGGGCCAGCUGAACGUCGCUGUCGAGAUGCUAGAGCAAGGACGAGCCCUGCUUUGGUCCAGAAUGAAGGGUUACAGACAGCCCGUCCUAGAGCUUCGAGCCAUUAACCCAGCACUUGCCGACAAAUUUGAGACCGUCAGCAAUGAGUUGGAGCACCUUGCUACCUCACGACUGCGUUUGGAAGAUGAUGUGUCCGGACGUGUUCCACGAUUCACGACUGCGUGGGAUGAUCAAUGGAAGAAACAGCGUGUACUGUCGGAUGAAUGGAACGAAAUUGUGGGACGCAUUCGCCAGAUCGAAGGAUUUUCAGAUUUUUUGCAGCCAGUGCCAUUCGGACGUCUCAAGCAGGCCGCUGCGGAAGGCCCCGUGAUCAUAGUCAAUGUGUCUUCGUACCGAUCGGAUGCUUUGGUCCUUCGAGACGACACCUCUGAUCCUACCCUUGUUCCCCUUGCAAACUCAGUUUUUGACGAAGUCGGAAAAUUGUCCGAAGUGCUCGGCCAAGCUCGAAGACGCGGUGAGGACACUCUUGCUGCGGUGAUACAUGACGUCUUGUGCGCGCUGUGGAAACUCGUUGCUCAGCCAGUGGUGGAUCAACUUCAAAGUCUCGGAGUUGCUGAGAGGUCCAGGAUCUGGUGGUGUCCAACUGGAAAGCUAUGUUCACUCCCGCUGCAUGCUGCUCAUCCUCUAAUUACAGGCGAACGUGGUCUUCCGGAUCUGUUUGUAUCUUCUUACACUCCCACGCUCUCUUCGCUCAUUUCAGCGAGGGAAAAUAUACCUGCGAUGCGCUCUAAGUACCCCCAGCUCCUGACUGUCGGUCGAGCAGACGACUCUCUACGAUGUGUGGACGCGGAGUUGGACGGCAUACAGGAACUUGGGGACUUUGUGGACACCAUUGUUGAGAAACAGGCAACGCCCGAUGCAGUGCUCGAUAAUCUUCAAACUCACCCAUGGGCCCACUUUGCUUGUCACGGUCAUCUGGACGACGAGCAACCGUUCAAGUCGUCGUUCAAGCUCUAUGGAGGCUCCCGGUUGACUGUGAUGGAUAUCCUGCAGUCCCGCCUUCCCAAUGCAGAGUUUGCCUUCCUGUCUGCUUGCCACAGUGCGGCGGGCGACUAUGUCCACACCCCUGAUGAAGUCCUGCACAUAGCCGCGGCGAUGCAAUUCUGCGGGUUUCGGGGUGUUGUCGGGACCCUGUGGGGAAUGGCGGACGACGAUGGGCCGGUCUUGUCUCAGGAGUUCUACAAGCAUAUGUUCCGUCACGACGAUCCAACGAAGGUGGAUUACAAGGAUUCUGCGGUUGCAUUGAGAUCUGGAAUCAAAGCGUUGAGGAAGUCGGGGGUUCCGCUUCAUCGAUGGGCUGCGUUUGUGCACAUAGGUGCAUGA